AUGUCAAGCGGAUUUUUAACUACAAAGGGUACUAAAAUUGUCGAUGCCCACGGCAAACCAGUUGUUUUAAAGGGUACUGCCAUUGGUGGUCAUUUAAAUAUGGAAAAUUUCAUUACUGGUUAUCCAGGUCAUGAAACUGAACAUAAAAAGAUUAUUAAGUCAAAGAUUGGUGAAGAAAAAUUUGAAUAUUUUUUUGAUAAAUUUUAUGAAUAUUUCUGGACCGAAAAAGAUGCUGAAUUUUAUAAAAAUGAGUUAGGUUUCAACUGUUUAAGAAUUCCUUUUAAUUAUCGUCAUUUUGUUGAUGAUGAAGGUGAUUUCUUUAAAAUCUUACCAAAAGGUUUUGAAAGAUUAGAUAGAGUUAUUGAUAUUUGUUCAAAAUAUGGUAUUUACACUAUUUUAGAUUUACACGCUACUCCAGGUGGUCAAAAUCAAGACUGGCAUGCUGAUUCUGGUAUUCAUAAAUCUAUUUUCUGGGAUUUUAAAGUCUUCCAAGAUUGUAUUAUCAAUCUUUGGGUCGAAUUAGCCAAACAUUACAAAGACAACACUUGGGUUGCUGGUUACAAUCCAUUAAAUGAACCAGCUGUUCCAGAUCAUUCUAAAUUGGUUAACUUUUACCGUAGAUUAGAUGAACAAGUUAGAGCUGUCGAUUCAAAUCAUAUCUUUUUCCUUGAUGGUAACACUUACUCUAUGGAUUUCAGACAAUUCCCAGCCCCAGCUGAUUUUAUUCCAAAUUCAGUUUACUCUAUUCAUGAUUAUUCAACUUAUGGUUUCCCAAAUAUUGAAGGAACUCUUUACACUGGUUCAGAAGUUGAAGUUUCAAAAUUAAAGCAACAAUACGAAAGAAAAGUUGAAUAUCAUAAAGAGCAUAAUGUUCCAGUUUGGAAUGGUGAGUUCGGUCCUGUUUAUGCUUCAGAAGUUAGAGGUGAUAAAAACCCAGAAGUUAUCAACAAGGCUCGUUACAAGGUCUUAAAAGAUCAAUUAAGUGUUUAUAAACAAGGUGAUCCAUCUGGUGAUGGUACUCCAAUUUCUUGGUCUAUUUGGUUAUAUAAAGAUAUUGGUUAUCAAGGAUUAACUUUCGUUUCUCCAAAAUCAAAAUGGUACCAAGUCUUUGGUGAAUUCUUACUUAAAAAGAAGAAGCUUGGUUUAGAUAGAUGGGGAAAUGAUAUUGAUCCAGAAUAUAAUCAAUUAUAUCAAAAUUUGAUUGAUCAUAUUCAUGCUAACACUCCAGAAAAGUAUCACAGAGCUAUUUACCCUCACGUCUGGACUGCUCAAGAUUACCUUUUCCGUGUUGCUAAGGAUAUGUUAUUUUCUCAAUAUGCUCAACAUGAAUAUGCUGACUUGUUUGUUGGUUUAAGUUUCGAAGAAUUAGAUGAAUUAGCUGCUUCUUUCAAAUUCGAAAACGUAGAACAAAGACAAGAGUUAAAUGAAAUCUUAAAGGACUACUAA